AAUAAAUAAAAGAAAAACCACUUUCUCUCUCUAACUUUUGUAUUCACACCCCUCCACUUUCUCGCAUUAUUUAUCUCCCAAACAAAGCCCACUCCUCAAUUCUACAAAAGAAACAACCAAGGAGCAGAGUCACUCACCCACACUACCCAAAACCCAUUUCCCUGAAAAUAUGGCAUCAGCUGUUGUUUCUGCUGUUCUUUGCAUUUUCUCAAUCUGGGCUGUUGUUGCUGUUAAUGGUGCCACACCCCACCAUGCAGCAACAGCACCAGCACCAGCACAAGCACCUGCUUCUUCAUCUGGUGUUGAUUGUUCUACUUUGGUGUUGAAUAUGGCUGAUUGUUUGUCUUAUGUGUCAAAUGAUAGCACUACAACAAAACCAGAAAAGACUUGUUGUUCUGGCUUGAAAACUGUUUUGAAAACUGAUGCUCAAUGCCUUUGUGAGGCUUUUAAAAGUAGUGCCCAAUUGGGUGUUGUUUUGAAUGUUACAAAGGCUCUUUCUUUGCCUUCUGCUUGCAAAAUUCACGCCCCUUCUGUUUCUAACUGUGGAUUGGCUUUGACUCCUGCUGGUGCUCCUGGUGCAUCUCCAUCUACUGCUUCUGCACCUACUGUGUUCCCAGGAGCAAAUCAGCAAGCACCAGCACCAUCUCCAGCAGAAGGAGGUGCCCAUGGACUAACAAUCUCAGUUGGAACUCUAGUCAUUGGCUUUGUAAUUGCAUCCUUCUCCAGUUUCUAAAAAACCAUGGUACCAUUUUGGAUUCUGAGCAGAGAGGAUAUAUCAUAUGAGGAACUUACUUGAUGUUAGCUUAUAUUUGGGUAUUUUGGGUUUCUUGAAAUCUUUUGCAGUAGCUCUCUUGAUGAGAGUGUGACUGAAAGUAGAUAUGAAUUAUUUUGUGGCUCUCCCUAUAACUUGUGUUGUGGUAUAUUAUGGUACCAGGUUCAUGUUUUGUUCA